AUGUCAAUGUACACGGUACCGUUCGUCAUUAACGGCGAGGAACGCCAAGCCGAGAAUACCUUCGAGGUAAAAUCCCCAGAUACUGGCAAGGUCCUGCAUCGAUGCGGUAUCGCAACGGAGGCAGACGUUGCCGCGGCUAUCGAGGCGGCUGCAGCUGCUGGCCAGCAAUGGGCAAAUACGCCCGCGGCCGAGAGGCGGGAUAUUCUUCUCAAGGCAGCCGACAUCAUGGACAAGAGGCGAGACGAAUUGGCCCAAUAUAUGAUGGAUGAAGUCGCUGCAGCACGUGGCUGGGCUGACUUCAAUCUCAACCUUGUUAUCGACAUGUACAAAGACGUAGCCGGACGAGUAGGAGCUGUAGAAGGAACCGUUCCGCCAUGUCAACCCGGGCUCACUUCGAUGGUGGUAAAGGAGCCGUAUGGCGUCGUGCUAGCAAUAGCUCCUUGGAAUGCGUCAUACAUCCUAGGUACUCGCUCGGUCCUCUUUCCCCUUGCAGUUGGCAAUACAGUCGUCUUCAAGGGUUCAGAAACAGCACCGCGAACUCAUCGUGCUAUUGUGUCUGUCCUUAGCGAAGCUGGAGUGCCUAAAGGGGUGGUGAACUACAUCGUCACCGACCCAGCCCAUGCACCGGCAGUCACAGAAGCUCUCGUCACAAAUCCGAACGUAAAAAAGAUUAACUUUACCGGCAGCACGGCUGUGGGAAGAAUAAUCGCAAAGUUGGCGGGCCAGUACUUGAAGCCUGUCGUUUUAGAACUCGGAGGCAAAGCACCAGCCAUCGUGUGGGAGGAUGCGAAUUUAGAUCUUGCCGCAGAACAGGCCACGCUAGGCGCAUUCUUCUUCUCUGGACAGAUAUGUAUGAGUACGGAGAGAAUCAUCGUACAUAAGAAAGUCAGCGAAGCAUUCCAAGAGAAAUUGCUCGGAGUUGUGGAGAAGAUCUUCUCGCCCAAAGGCGAUGCCUUGGUUCUAAUCAAUACUCAAAGUGUGGAUAAGAACAAGAAACUCAUAAAAGAUGCAGUUAGCAAGGGCGCCUCAGUUCUGAAUGGAGACGUGGACGCCGAAGAGAUUUCCAAGACGAGGAUGAGACCAUUGGUGAUUAGCAAGGUGACUCCCGACAUGGAUCUGUACAAGCAGGAGUCAUUUGGCCCGUCCGUGAGCCUGAUCGAGGUUGAAACCGAAGAAGAGGCACUACGGAUAGCCAACGACACUGAGUACGGCCUGACAUCCGCCGUUUUCACUGAGAAUUUGCGGGUUGGCCUGAGACUCGCGAGAGGCAUUGAAACCGGUGCGGUUCAUAUCAACAAUAUGACUAUUCAUGACGAGAUGACAUUGCCGCAUGGAGGAGUUAAGUCGAGCGGAUAUGGACGAUUCAAUGGCUUGGCCGGGGUGGAGGAAUGGGUUAGAACGAAGACCAUCACAUGGAGAAACUAG